AAGGAAGUCGUCGAUAUAUUAUUUAUUUCGACCCUCAUUUUUUAGUGUUAGUGUUUUAGAUAUAAUUUUCUUGGAGUUAGUAACGUUGAAAGAAAAAUGUUACUAUUUAUACUUUCUAUUUCAGUUCACCUAGCGUCCGCCCGUUUCCUAGUGAGCAUGCCAGUAAUGCGAGUCAUAUACGGCAACAUCAGCACGAUGGCGGAUCUGGCGGUGCCUCCUCCGUCGCGCCGCGCGGAUCUGGCGGACCUGGACGACAUCUCGGUCGGCGGCCAUGAUGAGAAUGAGAUACCAGAGUUCCAGGAGUUUAUGAAUGAGAUUGAAGACCUCGAGCUGUGGAGCUCUAGAGUAGCCCGCAACAGCUCCGCACACGACUUUGACAUAAAAGAUGUGAGCGACAUCUCGAGGAUCCUCGCCAACAUAUCGCAAAACUUAAAAGUGGCCGCUCGGGACCAACAAGAGUCCAGGAGGAAGUUCGAAAGUAGGAGACAGUCAGCGAACGAUCAGCUGUACUUACCGCGAGAGGUGGAUACUCUGUGGCCGGAGCCAGUGAAGUUGCGCGAGUGGUAUUACAUGAAGUUCACUCUCUCACUCUUGAUACACGUACGCUUCCAGAUGGACAUAGCUUUUCGGCAGAAAAUGGUAGUAAACGACUACCCGGGAUACCGUAUCGGCUACCUGUUCAGCCGGAUGAUGAAGAUCCGGACCCAGAUGUUCCGGCUCCUGGAGGAAUACGAAGCUAUGAAGAGAUCCUGGACCAGAGAAACGCAGGCCCGGCCGAACUGGCGCACGAAGAAGCACAACCUGCUGAUGAUGCUGCAGCUAUACGAGCGCAUGCUGCAGCUGGACGUGGACGCCAAGGACGCAGGAGACCUGAUCAAGUUCCACUUCUACGGGCGCGACCAGUUCGUCACGCAGCUCAACACGCCCGCCACCACCGUGCCCUUCUUCAAGAGACAUUAAAUGUACUAAGCUUUUAACAGCUUUUUUUUUUCACAAUGUCAGUUUCAGAGUCGAAUUUUUGACGGUUUAUAAUAUAAUUAUGUCAGG